AUGGGAGCAGUGCUAGAUUUGCCCUUAUUUUCCGAAAUGAGCAAGCCAAAGGUUGGAAUCAAUGGAUUUGGCCGUAUCGGCCGUCUGGUACUUCGCGCUGCUGUCGAGAAGGACACCGUUGAAGUGGUAUCUGUCAAUGAUCCCUUCAUCAACCUGGAGUACAUGGUAUACCUUUUCAAAUACGAUUCCACCCAUGGCCGAUUCAAGGGGGACGUCAAACACGAAAAUGGCUGCCUGGUGGUGAGCAGUGCAGGCAAGAGCACACACACGAUCAAGGUUCACAACAGCAAAGACCCCGCUGAAAUUCCUUGGGGAGCUGAUGGAGCGCAAUUCAUUGUUGAAUCUACUGGUGUGUUCACCACGGUUGAGAAAGCAUCUGCUCACUUGAAAGGAGGCGCUAAGAAGGUCGUCAUCUCAGCCCCAUCUGCAGAUGCACCAAUGUUCGUAAUGGGUGUGAACCACGAAAAGUACGAUGCCGCUAACGAUCACAUUAUUAGUAACGCUUCUUGCACCACCAACUGUCUGGCCCCACUCGCCAAGGUCAUCAAUGACAACUUCGGAAUUAUCGAAGGGCUUAUGACCACUGUACACGCCACGACAGCAACGCAGAAGACCGUCGAUGGUCCAUCUGGAAAGCACUAUCGUGAUGGACGUGGUGCAGGCCAGAACAUCAUCCCUGCAUCGACUGGUGCUGCCAAGGCUGUCGGCAAGGUCAUCCCAGCUUUGAACGGAAAACUUACUGGAAUGGCCUUCCGUGUACCAACUCCUGAUGUCUCGGUAGUCGAUCUCACUUGCCGUCUGGAGAAACCAGCUUCGAUGGAUGACAUCAAGAAGGUCAUCAAGGAAGCCUCUGAGGGCUCAAUGAAGGGCAUUUUGGCAUACACAGAGGACCAGGUUGUGUCGACUGACUUCGUCGGUGACCACAACUCUUCGAUCUUCGACGCCGGAGCUUGCAUCUCUCUCAACCCCAACUUCGUCAAGCUUAUCUCAUGGUAUGACAAUGAGUUCGGAUACUCAUGCCGUGUUGUUGACCUCAUCGCGUACGUUGCCACGAAGGCCUAAAGUGCGACGCCCCGGCCCCUUCGCUCCCAAUAAAAGUUGUGGUUUCCUAAUGUUUCGUUGUAUUAGUUGCCACCCUCUCGAGCGUACACUGUUUUAUUAGAUGUGUAGAUUCUCUUUGUAGAUGUAUUUAUGUAGAGAUUUAUGUAAUAAAGUAUCGUACUUCGCUUCAACGAGUGGGGAA